CACACUUUAAUCCGCUCCAACUUUUGCACUUUAGUUUUUAGGAGAUUUAAUCGUGAUUUACGCCGCUGUGUGGAUUUACUGAGGAUCAAACAUGCCGCGGCGCUGCGUUCAAGAAGUCACGGUUCAAGAUGUUCAAAAGCGCAGAACUCCCAGCAAACACUAUGUUUACAUCAUCAAGGUCUGCUGGACUGACGGCAGCACGGAGAACAUCUACAGACGCUACAGCAAGUUCUUCGACCUGCAGAUGGAGCUUCUGGAUAAGUUCCCACUGGAGGGAGGACAGAAGGAUCCAAAACGCAGAAUCAUCCCCUUUCUACCAGGGAAGAUUCUGUUCAGGAGGAGCCACAUCAGAGACGUCGCCAUGAAGCGACUCCGCCCCAUCAACGACUACUGCAGGGCUCUGAUCCAGCUCCCCGUCUACAUCUCCCAGUGUGAGGAGGUCCGUCUGUUCUUCGAGACGCGACCCGAGGACCUGAACCCCCCUGCAGAUGAACCGGUGGGGAGGAAGAAAUCCGGCCUCGUGAGGAGAUCCACGUCUUUCCUAAAGCGAGCCGGAGAGUCGAGCGCCACCGACCCUCUCCUGCUGGAUCAGUACGUGGCCGUCACCGACUACGAGAAGCAGGAGAGCUCGGAGAUCAGCCUGCACGUGGGACAGAUGGUGGAGGUCAUCGAGAAGAACGAAUCAGGUUGGUGGUUCGUGAGUUCGGAGGACGCUCAGGGUUGGGUUCCAGCCACCUGUCUGGAGGCUCAGGACGAUCCUGAUGAUUUCAGCCUCCCAGCAGAGGAAGUGUGCCGGAGGUUCUGGUCACUGCCGAGACUCGGGGGGCGCCGGCGUACGUUAGGCGAUCUGUUCUGCUCCAGUUUUAGGCAAGAGGAGAAGUACGUGGUGAUCUAUCCCUACUGCGCUCGGGACCAGGACGAGAUCGACAUCGAGAAGGGAAUGACCGUGGAGGUGAUCGAGAAAAACCUGGAGGGCUGGUGGAAGAUCAGGUCUCAGGGGAGGGAGGGUUGGGCUCCGGCGUCGUACCUGAAGAAAUCGGACAUCCUGAGCCAGAAGAUGUCGGCUCACGCCAGCACCAACGACCUGGACGGAGCCUGUAAACAACAGAGCGGCAACAAUGAGAACAAAGAGAACCAGAGGGAACGCUUCACCCCCUUCAGCGAGAACAGGAGGAAGGCGGAUGUGAGACAGAGACCCCCACCACGUCGUGAUCUCUCUAUACCUCGGGGAGCAAAUCUGCCAAAGCCGCCGGUGCCCCCGCUGGUGGAGGAGGAGUAUUACACCAUCGCUGAUUUUCAGACCACCAUUCCUGAUGGGAUCAGCUUCCAGGCUGGAGUUAAAGUGGAGGUGAUCGAGAAGAACUCCAGCGGCUGGUGGUACAUUCAGAUAGAUGAGAAGGAGGGCUGGGCACCCGCCAACUACAUGGAUAAAUACAAGAAGUCCAGCAGCACCUCCAGACCAAACUUUCUAGCCCCUUUACCUGGAGAAAUGGCUCAGCUGAAGCUGGAGGACACCAACACCAGUUCAGAAGAUACCUGGUCCAAACCUCUGCCAGACGAGCCCUCGCCCAGUGCCGACUUCGUCACGCGUCCCAAACUGAGAGACUGGAAGUCCAGCGCUACGAAGAACAGCGUCAGCCCUGCUCCGUUACCCCCGGCGCCGUCCUCCCCUCCCGCCGAGGAGAAACCAGCGCUUCCACCACGCAGGGAAUCCAUCAACAAGAGCCUCGAGCUGGAGGAGAAGCAGAAGACGGACAUUUCCAAACCGCUUCCUCCUAAACCCCCGGCUCCUGGUGUGAUCGUGCCCCUGCUUACACCCAAACCGGCUCCGUUCAAGUCCGAAAAAACCCCGGAGCCGAAGCGGGACGACAAGAACAAACCCCUGCUUCUGAAAAAUGAGAUGGGCCUGGAAUGCGGCCACAAGAUCUCCGUUAAAGAGGUCAAGAAGUUCAACCUGAAGCCCGUCCCCAAGCAGCCGCCCAAACCCAAACCCGAGAGCCAGGAGGAGAAACCCGACACGCCCGGCCCUGCUCCGUUCCUCAAACCCAAACCCAUCCUCAAACCCAAACCGGCACCGGCUGCUAAACCCGAACCUCCGAACAACAAGUCUGAGCUGGACAUCACCAACCUGAGGAGCAAGUUACGUCCCUCAAAACCUGCCGAGUUCGAACCCAGCCAGCAAAACGGCACCCAAAACGGCCACGCCCAGGGACAGGAAGCCCCGGAAAUCCCUAAACCGCAGGCGCCCUGUCCUAGAGAACCGCCCCAGAGGCCGGGUUCCGCCCCGAGAAGACCUCCUCCACCGAAAAAGGGCGCGGAGCCGGAACCCAAACCCAGUCCUGGAGAGGUCGGAGAGCAGACGCCUCAGAAAGAGGUCCAGGAGAGCAAACCCGCCAGCGUGCCUCAGAUCCGACCGCCGCCCCCCAAACCCAAAUCCGUCCCCGUUCCAGUGCCGAAAGACAAGCAGGAACCUCCCAAGAUGAAAGUUCCGGUGCCGCCAAAACCUCCCAUUAAAGCUGAUAAACCGCAGCCACCCAGGAACGACCUCCCUCCGCUGAUCAAGGACCCGGUGAAGGAGGAGCUGUUCCUGGCGGUGGCGGACUUCGAAGGGGACGAUCAGACGCCGGGGUUUAAAGAAGGAGCCGUGUUUGAGGUGCUGGAGAGGAAGAGCACGGGCUGGUGGUUUUGUAAAAGAAUCAGUGAUGGAUUGAUGUCUGAGGGCUGGAUCCCUUCCAACUACCUGACCAAAAAACCUUAGGUACCUGUUCUUAUUUUAGAUCUUCUGUUUUACCCGUAUUCAGUACUAUUUAAUUAGCCAGUGUUAUUUAUGGGUACCUGCUUCUCCCUACAUUCCGUUUUAGCUUCUGUUUGUGAUUUAGGGAAAAGGGGAACACGUUACAGCUCUGCUAACCUAACAAUCUAUGCACAUUACAUUAACCAAACUAUUUUUCUAUGUUUAUCUCUAGCGAUAUACUGGACUAGAGAUCUAUAAGAGACGUCUCGCUGUUCCCUCGCCGUCUGUUGUGCCUCUAUAAUAAUAAUAAUAAUAAUAAUAAUAACGAAGCCAAGUUAUGAACAGUUUACACCAUGAGCAAGAUCCAAAUACAGAUAUAGAGAUUUAAGAUUCAUCUGCAGUGAACAUUGAGUUUAAAUACUUGAAAUAAAAGCCGAGGAGCCUUGAGGGCUCGUUUAAAAAAGCCUAAGUGGAGAAACAAGUCGUAAUAAAAACCCUGUCCACAUAAAUACGCAUGUUUUUAACAAAAUAAAAUACAAUAGGGCGCCCAGGUGGUGCAGUGGGAUAUUCCGCUAGCACACCAGCACCGAGAUUCUGAACGCCUCGGUUUGAAACUCGGUGUUGCCACCGGUCGGCUGGGCGCCAUCUGGCGGGCAUAAUUGGCAGUGCCUGUAGCAGAUACUGAUUGGCCACCGUAUCUGCAGGGUGGGGGCCGGACUAUGUGCGCUGUGUAAGGACCCUGAUGUGCAGAAGAGGCGCCUGUGCAGAAUGCAGGGCGAGAAGAGGAAGGCUGUACAUGUAAUACUCGGAGGCGGCGUGCUCUCCUCGGAUGCAAUCGGGUAUCUCUCAGCAGCGGAAGACAAAAUUGAGUUACUAAAUGGGGAGAAAAUGCAUUAAAAAUAAAUAAAUACGAACAAAAUACAGUAAAAAAGGACCAACUUUAGGAAUAAAGUGGUAAAAGUGCUGACAUGAGCCUGCCAGCGCACUAGGUGGCGAUAACCAGUCGACAGUAAAAACACGUUCACGUGUGCAAUAAAAAUAAAUAAAACAAAAUCAGUGAACACAAAAUAACGUGGCCUUACGAUCAGCAGAAUCCAGAAAUCCAGAUCCAGAAAGGUCCGUAGUCGUGUUUACUGGGCGUGUGGUGAUCUGACUCUCUCCAUCGGAUCGAGAAUUAGGGUUACGCGAGCGUCGGGGGAUUCACAAUCAGGAAUUGGUUAUGACUAAAUCAGAUUUGGAGAUACGGGGUGGAUUCUCGUCUGUUUCUGCCGGCGUGCUCGAUUGUCUGAAUCAUUUCAGUCGGUUUUAUCAUUUCGAUGCUUCACCUUAUUGAAGUUGAAGUUCUGAUCCUGUAACCGCAGAAGGAAAAUGAGGGUGUUGCGGCUGGACGGAGGAUCCGUGUGUGCGGGUUUGGCUGCCGACGGCGCUGCGUUUACAUUCAGUAUUUGACGUGUUUUUCGUGCUUGACUGGUUUCAAGUGUUUUUUAACAUGUAUUAAGCGCUAUUUUAUUCUCUGUGUAAACACUACAUUUCAUAUUUUUGUGACUAUUAUUUUAAGUGUUUUUAUUUUGCUUUCGUUAGUUUAAGGACAGUGUUAAAUGUUUGCCGACGUGCUCGGAGCCUCUCGGAGUCAUUAAAUCGUUUAUAGAGAUUUAUUUCACACCACUUUUCUGAAGCGUAUUCUCCAGACUACGAGACGUGUGAUGGUGACUCGGUCGAUCACCACCAGGGUUUUAUAAAAUAUAUCAACUCCGGGUGCUCGGGUGGCGCAGCGGUCUGAUGAUAGUUCGGAUCUCAGUGGUCAUAGCGAUCGGUCGGGGGUCUGCACAGAAUAAUCGGUUGUGUGUCUGUAGGGUGGAGGGACGAGCGCUGCUGCGAUGGCGCCCUCUGCUGGCGCAGUGCACGGCUCUUACGGCCCACAUCAUACGGGUGAAGAGAAGUGGUCGGUGGUCAUGUUAUGACUUACUAUAAAUAAACCAAACCAUCAAUUUUGAGGACACGCUUUAGCUUUCUGUUCCACUUGUGCACACUCGUGCCUGUGGCCGUCCCGUCAUUGGAGUCCUAGAUUCUUGAUCAGAAGGUCGAGGGUUCCAUCCCUACAGCCGCUGACCACGUAGAAAGUUCCAGUAAAAGCUCUAAUUCAGACUGAAAACCUUCAGCCAGGAAAGACGUUGGCGGUAGAGGACGUUGAAGGAGACGAUCAAUCUCCAGGGUUUAAUUAAGGAGAGAGGAACACUGCUGCUGGAUUGAUGUCCAAGGGCUGGAUCUCUUCCAACUACCUGACCGAGAAGCAAAGUGUUUUUGUGGCAAACAUUUACACUUUUGGGGCACCGUCUGGAGUUUAUACACCACGGUGAGACUUCUUUGGGGUGUGGUAACCAAAAUAUUUUGUUCUCUAAUGUGCAUCUACGUAUAAAUAAAAACUCCAUAUAUUAUUGGCCAUGAGCAAACUUUAAAAAAUGACAAGCUGUAAAUAUCAGCCUUAAUGUUCUGAUUGUAAGUCACGUUGGGUAAAGAGCGCCUCCAGAUACCUGAGCUGGAACUAGAACUUAAGAUCCAACAGUCUAGAUCACUGCAGAUUCUAUUUUCCUCCCAAUCUAGUCAUAUCCAGUUCCCUAAUUAUAACGUCCCGAGGACGGCCGCAGACCGCUUCUUUUCGCUCGCAGAGAGCAGCAUAGUGUACGCAGAGUCACGCACUGCCAUGCGUGAAUUAGCGCUCGUGCAGUCGCCUCAAAUUGCCAGCAGAGGCCGCCAGCUUCCACCAGCUGUCCCUCAGGCACAGCCGAUCGUGUGAAUGCCCGAGAGGAUUAGAGCGCUGUGCCACCCGAGCGUCCAAGUCGUCCGGUGUAAUAUCAGUGGAACUGAUGGAGAACAGACUACAGCUGGUGAUCUGACUGUAGGUGCUGACUGGACUGGACUGGACUGGACUGGACUGGACUGGACUGGACUGGUGUAUCGGUGUGUUUUGUAGUCUGGACAGUACGGUAGGAAAUGACACAGCAGCCACGCCGAGGGUUUAACCCGAGUGUUACGAUGAACAAAGAACAAAACAUUUUCACAUAAAUAAAUAAUGGGAGAUUUUGGGAGCGCGCACCUUCUGCCGCUCACAUUUCUGUAUCCUGUACUCUACUCCAAUAAAGUGCAAUUCUCUUUAUUUCUAUUAAAACCCUAAUAAACAUUUCAAAUCUACAGAAUGUU